AUGCUGGUAGGAAAUCAAAACGAGGACAUCUCACCAGCUCUUGGAUUACAUCUGAUUGGGUUGUCAACUGAUGGAGGUGGUGUGUUCGCAAGUUCAGUUCAGUCCAGUUUUUUGCCCCCAAAACGCGCAACCGUGGACCGCAACCAGUCUAGGACCGACCCAGAUAUUGAGGGAACUGAACCGAACCACCUAAGACCGGCUUUUGCAGUCUAUGGAGCCGGUUCAGACCGAUCCAGACCGGUUUUUUUGCGUAUAAUUUAUUAUACCAAUAUAAACCAUGUAUAUCUCGACUAUUAUUGCUCUGAAAAAUAG